UGUCUGCUGAUGAUAAUGAAGUAAGAAAAUCGUCAGAAUGUCAUUUAGAACUGUUUGUGUUUUCAGUUUUCUCUCCUUGGUCGGUGUUGUUAGAAAAUGGUGUACUAAGUGACGUCUGGAAGUUGUUGGAAGUGAUAAUAUUAAUAUACUGUGAUUCGUUUGACGCCAAAGUGUUUAGCUCUCUCGUAGUAAUACUAAUAAUUGCUUUAUAUUAUUAAAAUACUGAAAAGGAUUGAUCUAGCUCGGUGAAUAACUUAAACAAUCCUUUGCCAUGGAGGAGUCUGUGAUUUUAAUCGUCAAAGCGCCAAAUCAGCAAAUAGAAGAUCAAACUAUUCAAUGUGAAAUAAAUUGGACCAUCAAAAUGUUGAAAGGACACUUGUCUGAAGUUUAUCCUAGUAAACCUCGCUCAGAGGACCAGAAGCUGAUUUACUCUGGUCAACUGCUGACUGACAAUGUCACUCUGAAGGAUGUACUGAGGAGUUACGAAGGUCAACAGAAUCACACGGUACAUUUGGUCUGUUCUCCGCCCAAAGAAACAUUGAGAUCCCCCUCGGCGAGUUGCAGUAAACCAGCGGCAAUGCCCUCCACACAGGCCCCUCGACCCCAGGAGCCACAGUUUCAGACGCCCAGUAAUGAAAACCUCCGUCGCAGAGUGCCCACUCUACCGCCCCAGCCACAGUGGCCCCCCGGCUAUACACCCCCCGCUUGGCCACCUGUAGGGGGAGUCUCCUAUGACAGCGCCACUAUGGCUCAACAGAUGGCUUGGAUGCAGCAGGCAUAUGCACAGUACAUGACACAAUACAUGCAACUGAUGGCUGCUGGAGGUGUGCCUAAUGUGAUGCAGCCGCCUGGUGUUUCCCCCACUGCGGGGCAUCCUCCGCAGGAACAAGCCCCUGUCAACCCCCCGCCCGCCAAUGUAGAAGAAGAGGAUCUUCGCGGCAACAGAGAUUGGCUUGACUGGUUCUACAUCAUGAGUCGUACGUUGGUGCUCUUCAGCAUUGUCUACUUCUACUCUUCACCUGUCCGUUUCUUUGUUGUUUUCACACUUGGAAUCAUCAUGUACCUAUAUCAAGUGGGGUUCUUCAGAGCGGUACAGCGUCUGGACCAACCUGAGGAGCCACCAGUCCCCGCCACACCUCCGCCUACACCAGACAACAACAACUCCCCCCCACCCCCGGCCCCCGCACCCCCUGCACCUCCGUCUACCCUCGCACUGACCUGGGCGGCAUUCUCUAGCUUCUUCCUCAGUCUCAUUCCUGAACAGCCGAAUGUCUUGUAACAAAACUCCAUGUUGCCAUUCUAUAUGCACUCAAUAUACGCUCAUCAUUGUA